AUGCUCUCACGUGUUGCUGCUGUCAAGGCACCCCGCACACACAACCGUCGCCGCGUGACCGGAUCCAGCGGGAGGAGGAGGGAAGGAGGAGAGAGUGAGCCGCAGAGGCCCAACAUGUCCCGGCAUCUCCUCUACUCUGCGGUGCUGCUUCUCAUUGUUGUGAUGAUGUGCUGCAACACUGGUGUGGCUGCGGAAGCUGAGGUGAAGGAGUCAACGGUUUCAAAGUUUGAAUGGAAGAACGCCAAUGACGAUGGUUUAAGUUUGAAAUCUUUGGGUGUUCCCGGCCUUCUAAAAGUGGGGAGUGACGUGUUUGCCGUUGCCGAGGCGCAGUGCGGGAAAGAGGAUGCUGAGGAUAACACUUUUAUUGGCAUUGCAUCCCAACUACUCACGAUGGAUAAGGGUAAAGAAUCGAAGGAGGAAUUUCCUAAGGAUGCCGAAAAGGGGACAAAAGUUUUGGAGAAGGGCGUUUCCCAAGGCGAGAAGAAGAAAGUGGAUGUGAGUCGACCAACAACAGUUGUGAAGGGAAAUGAUAUUUACAUGCUUGUUGGGAAAUACAGCCAGACAGCUGCUGGUGAGAAUAGAGGUGCCGAUGACUGGGGAUUAUUGCUGCUGCGAGGGAACGUCAGUGACGGAAGUGGCGGCGAGAAAAGAAUCCAUUGGAAAGAUACCACCGAUGUCCCGCGGGCAUCUGUUGGCGAGCAACUAGAAUCGUGGACAGGACUGAUUGGCGGUGGUGGAUCGGGUAUUGAGACGAAAGACAGAACUCUCUUGUUCCCAGUGCAAGUCACGAAGAAGGGGAACAAGAAGGGUGAAGCAACAAAGGAUGAAAAGGCCGUUUCGUUACUCAUAUACACCUCCGAUAACGCUGCGAGUUGGACGCUGUCGAAGGAGGUUCCUGACAGUGGCUGCAGUGAUCCCUCCGUUGUGGAGUGGGGGGAGAAGGACAAAAAACUCAUCAUGAUGACUGCGUGUGACGAUGGCCGCCGCAGGGUGUACGAGAUCGGUGACAAGGGGGAGUCGUGGACGGAGGCACUCGGGACACUCUCGCGCGUGUGGGGCAACAAACAGGGCGAAGAAGUGAAGGUCGUUAGAAGCGGGUUCAUCACAGCGACGAUUGACGGUGUUGAUAAUAACAGAAAUGUGAUGCUCGUCACUCUGCCGGUUUAUCCCAAGGAGGCUGGUAAAAAAGAAACGGGCAAUGGAAAGGGAAACCUCCAUCUUUGGCUGACGGACAAUACGCACAUUGUUGAUAUUGGGCCGGUAUCCGAUGACGAUGACGCUGCCGCCAGCUCCCUGCUGUACAAAAGUGCUGGAAGUGAAACUAAUAAGGAUGAGUUGAUUGCACUGUACGAGAAGAAGGACGGUGAGGAAGGGAAACCAUCACCCGGUAUGGUCUAUUUGCCUCUGACUGCGCAGCUACAGCAUGUGAAGGAUGUGCUGUCGACGUGGAAGGAAGUGGACGACCGUGUCUCCAAGCUGUGCCCUUCAAAAAGUGCUGAGAGUCCCUCACCUGGCAAUGCCUGCAGUCCUACUUUUAAGAUCACGGAUGGGCUGGUUGGCUUUUUGUCCGGCAACUUCUCUGAGAACACAUGGAGGGACGAGUACCUCGGGGUGAACGCCACAGUGAAGAAUAAUGAUGUUGGGGGUAAGAAAGCAAAAUUGCAUGAAGGCAGUGUGAAGUUCCAGGGAGCGUGGGCGGAGUGGCCCGUUGGCAAGCAAGGGGUGAACCAGCUGUACCACUUUGCGAACUACAACUUCACUCUUGUGGCGACGGUGUCCAUUGACGGUGAGCCGCAGGAGGGUAAUAUUCCAUUGAUGGGUGCGCGUUGGGAAGGCCAAGGAGAAAACAAAGUUUUUGGACUGUCGUACAGCAACAAAAAAGGGAACUGGGCAGUGUUGUGCAGUGGCCCAAGGACCACGGAGCACAGCAGCCCUUUGGAGCCAGGGACAACACACCAAGUGGCCAUUGUGCUACAGAACGAAAAACAGUGCUCGGCCUACGUCCAUGAUACACUUGUGGGGAAUGCGCAAUUAGAUUUGAAGGAUAUUGAAGGGUCUAAAGGGAUCUCUCACUUCUACAUUGGAGGGGAUGGAAGCGGCGCAGGGAAUCAAGAAGGUGUGUCUGUGACUGUGACGAACGUAUUGCUGUAUAACCGUCCGUUAAGUUCCGGGGAGAUUGCUGAGCUCGUCAAAAAUAAAAUUACUAAUCCGAAGCCGGAAGUUCCGAAGACAUCGACAACAUCUCCUCUUUCACCAGCGUUAAGUGGAUCACCUGUGCAGGGAACCGUUACCCAGUCCAAUUCUGCCGGGCAACCGCCGUCGGAGCAAGGACAGCCGAAAGGGAGCAAUGGUGCCGGAGCUGGCGGCGCAUCCACACCAGCGACGUCUACCGCCGCAGCUUCUUCAGGACAGGAGCCCGUAAAGCAGCCGACAUCUGGAACCUCUCCCAGUGGAAACAAAAAUGCGGAUGGCACUUCCUCGUCUGGUGGUGACAAAGUUGUGGUGACAGUGGGUGGAGAAACGGUUCAGGGAGAUGGAUCACAACAAACUACUGAGGUGAGCGUGAGCUCUGAUGCGAAUGGGGAGAGGGUGGGAGGGACGGAUGUGCAGCAGGAAGAGCUCCAUGCACGGGACGGCGAAGUAAAGGCUGCGGCACUCAGCAGCAGCCUCGGAAAUGUGUCGCAGGGGAAUAACAGCGAUGCCGGCACUGUGCGUGGGAGCGGACUGCUGCUUCUUCUUCUGUUGGGACUGUGGGUGUUUGCGGCUCUGUGA